GGCGCAUGCAAGUUCGCCGAGCCGGAAACACCACAAGCCUCUCACAACCCGUUCUCAAUGGUCCUGUGCACACAGACCCCGUGCUGUUUUCUCCUUCUCUUAAUAACAUCAACACUGUUGAAUCGUACCCUCGCCAGCUAGAAGCAAUCGCUAAGUCAGCAGACCGAGGUUGGAAGCUCCGAGUCCGAAGCUCGACAUAGUAUCUCAAUGGACCGGCUACAGGCGCUCGAGUCUGCACUCGAGAAAAUAGUCCUGAACCCACAGUACCAUGACAUUCUCACGCUCGUGAAAGGCAUCCGCAAUGGCAUUGUCUAUGGGACCAAAGUGCGGUUUCCGCACGCUUUGGUAAUGAUAUUUCUCUUCCGCCACGGCUCAUUACGCUCCAAAUGCUGGCUCGUCUUCAAAGCCACCCGCCAACAUGCCCGCAACCUCGGCCUCUUUGCUCUUGCAUACAAAUCUACCAUGCUUCUCCUCCGGUACACCUCCCCAACCGGUAAAGAACGCCAUUACGACGCAUUCCUCGCGGGCCUUUUCGGCGGCUACAUGGUCUUCGGCCGCGACAUCCACAACUCAGUUUCCCAACAAAUCGUCAUAUAUGUGUUCGCUCGAGUAUGUCUAGCGAUAGCGAAGCUAGCUGUGCAACCGCGAGGCGUGGGGAAGAUCGAAGGCGGCGGAGGAGGCAUGGGUCUAAUAUCCAACGAGCAGCUCAGGAGAGAAAUCACACGGAAUGCGUGGCCUGCUUUUGCGAGUGUGAGUUGGGCUAUGGUCAUGUAUGUCUUCAGAUGGCAUCCAGAGACUGUGCAGCCCAGUUUGAGGAGUAGUAUGCAGUAUAUAUAUGUACAAUCGGAUCAUUGGGAUUCGCUAAGGAAUUUCGUCUGGCAUAACAAAUGAACCCGACACAAGGGAAGGAGAUGCUGUCUGGGGAGCUAGUUUGUAAGCGACUCACGUUUGCUUCAUGUGUAUGAUUCACUAUCCUGUAUGAUUUAAACACAGUGGUAACUGCAUGAGAGAGACACAGUUUGGAGGGGCGUUUUGCGUGUGUGAUCCUCAUUGCACUUAGAAGACAUGCGAG